GUUGAACAUUCGUCUUGGAAUCAUUCUUGGCUGAAUAAGUGAUAUUCGCAAUUGUGUUUUCAACAAUUUGACGUAGAAAUUCCAGUUUUGUAUCUGGAUGUGUCAGGGGCCUAAAUCAAGCAUUGUCAAAGAUGACAACUAUAUAUAAAUAAAUAUACAGAGCUAAUCGAUCUUGUGGCCAUGCAUUCACACACCUGCUUAGCCGCACCCACGCAGCCUUAUCUGACCGCAGCUGGCGCAAUCCUUCAUUCACCAUGAUGGCUACAGCCAACGACACGAUUAAAAAAGUUAUAUGUAUUGAGAUCUACACCGCAGCAAUCAGAGUUAUGACGUUGGAGUUUUUUCUGUUCUUCGGGUUGCUUUUAUUUAAUAGUUCUGGAAACUAAGAUUAAUUUUUUUUAAUUUGUCUGCAAAGAAACUCUCACCACGACAAUCAUCUAAAGUCAUUUCCUUAAAUCAUCUACGAAUAGGAAGAUCAUAGCAGCUAAUUCAAAAUGAUUUCACGAGUCCUAUUAAUACUCUCUCUUUUCUUCACAAUCAUCACCGCAACCUCAAUCCCAAUAUGUAUCACUGAUUCCAACACAACAACCUCUUUCAAUAUAUCUUCUCUAUCGAAAUAUACCACCCAACUCUGCACCCAAAUCGCUUCCAACAAUUUCUCAUCCACGGCUAGGAACUACAAUAUAGAUUCCAGCUCCAGCUCCAUCGUUUCGCUUGCCUUUACAUCUGCAGCCACAACUUGUCCGGGGAAUAGUUCCGCAAGCGACUGCGAAAUCGUUUAUGAUCAUCUUUUCUCUGCGUGUGGUGACAACAGUUCUUCAAUCGCGGGAUCAGGUUCCAUCGAUACAGGAUGUGGUUUGUAUAAUUUCCAACUCAUAAAUACGAAUCCGAAUACUUCGAAUUCGACAAGUGUAUCGAGUGAGAGUGGAGGUAGUAAAGUUAGUGUGGUCAGUUAUUGCACCGUCACGGGUAGUGUGCUGUUUGGAGUGGCGGCAUUGUUUGGCUGGUUUCUGUGAAGAGGGGGUUUGUUGUUGGAGUGGGAGAUGAUUGUUCGACUGCUGGAUUUAUAGGUAUAUUUGUUGUGGUUUCGGUAGAUGUGGUGGGAAAUGGUUCAGUGAGAUUUGUUGCGCUGGAUGCGAAUACAGUUCGGUUAGGAUGGGUGGUCGUGGCUAUUCCUCUUGAUUGUGAUUCAGUCUGAGGACGUAUCAAUUUCGAUUAAAAUGGUUGUUCUUGCUGCUUCCUUACAUCAAAUCCCUUGAGAUAUCAGAUUUCUUUUGUAUUUUUAUGAUUUCACGAGUGCUAUUUCUAAAGCAAUUUAUCGAGC